AUGCUUGGUACAAGAAUUCCCAAUAAGAAACUUAUCUUACAAAGAUUUACAACCACCACCACCACCAAUUUAAAGAAUGCAACCAUUAUUCCAAUAGCCACCAGUCAUUUCCAAGCAAAACUUCCAUCUACCGCUACCACUCCAGCAUUCCCAUCAGGGAUAACAACAACCCCAUCCCACCUAUCAUUAUCAUCAUCUCCAGCCAUUCAACAAAUCCGGUUUUUCCAUAGUUCUUUACCCCGGAAAUUACAACUUAGUAAAGAAGAAGCAGAUAAUCGCCCCGCAUUAGAACAAUAUGGAUCCGACUUAACUCAACUUGCAAAAGAUGGUAAAUUAGACCCAGUAAUUGGUCGAGAUGAAGAAAUUAGAAGAACAAUCCAAAUUCUUUCUCGAAGAACCAAGAAUAAUCCCGUAUUAAUAGGGAAUGCCGGAACUGGUAAGACGGCAGUCAUGGAAGGAUUAGCUCAAAGAAUAAUUAAAGGAGAAGUACCAGAAUCAAUGAAGGGGAAACAAAUAAUUACUUUAGAUUUAGCUGCUAUUGUAUCUGGUUCAAAAUAUCGUGGUGAUUUUGAAAGUAAAUUAAAACAAAUCUUGAAAGAAGUUGAUGAAAAACAAGGGUCGGUGAUUUUAUUUAUUGAUGAGUUUCAUUUAUUAAUGGGAUUAGGAAAAGCUGAAGGAUCAAUUGAUGCUUCUAAUUUAUUAAAACCAGUAUUGGCAAGAGGGAAAUUGUCCCUUUGUGGUGCCACGACAAUUGAAGAAUAUAGAAAAUAUGUUGAAAAAGACGCAGCUUUGGCAAGAAGAUUCUCAUCAGUAAUGGUGAAUGAACCAAGUGUUGAAGAUACAAUUUCAAUCUUGAGAGGUUUGAAGGAAAGAUAUGAGGUUCAUCAUGGGGUUCGUAUUACUGAUGCCGCGUUGGUUACUGCAGCAUUAUAUGCCAAUAGAUAUAUCACCGAUAGAUUCUUACCUGAUAAAGCAAUUGAUUUAGUUGAUGAAGCAUGUUCUACAUUAAGAUUACAACAUGAAUCUAAACCCGAUGCAAUCGCCACCCUUGAUCGACAAAUUAUGACCAUUGAAAUUGAAUUAGAAUCAUUACGUAAGGAAGAAGAUCAACUUUCAAUCGAUCGUAGACAUAAACUAGAAUCCGACCUCGAGGUGAAAAAAGCCGAAUUGAAAGAAUUAACCGAUCAAUGGGAAUCUGAAAAACUGGCAAUUGAUGAAGUCAAAAAUGCUCAAUCUAGAUUAGAACAAGCUAAAUUCGACCUAGAACAAGCUCAACGUCAAGGAAAUUAUGGAAAGGCUUCUGAACUCCAAUACGCUACUAUUCCAGCAUUAGAAGAAAAAUUAAAACAAUUAACCGAUACCGAAAAAGCCAGUCGGGUUUCAAGUCUCUUACAUGAUUCAGUCACAUCUGAUGAUAUCGCUGGCGUCAUUUCCAAAAUGACCUCCAUCCCCGUCCAAAACCUCAUGAAGGGUGAAAAGGAUAAACUUCUCGACAUGGAAGUCCUCCUUAAACAAAAAGUCGUUGGUCAAGAUGAAGCAAUCCAUGCCGUAUCCGAUGCAGUCAGACUCCAAAGGGCCGGGUUAACUAGUGACAAACGUCCAAUUGCUUCAUUCAUGUUUUUAGGCCCCACCGGGACCGGGAAAACCGAACUCACCAAAACCCUUGCUGAAUUCUUAUUCAAUGAUAAAAAUUCCGUGAUUCGGUUCGAUAUGUCUGAAUUCCAAGAACGUCAUACCGUGUCUAGACUUAUCGGAUCACCACCAGGGUAUGUCGGCUAUGAUGAAUCUGGAGAAUUAACUGAAGCAAUUCGGAGAAAACCAUAUGCUGUGGUCUUAUUUGAUGAAUUCGAAAAAGCACAUCCUGAUGUUCUGAAAUUGUUAUUGCAGGUGUUGGAUGAAGGGGCAUUGACGGAUUCACAUGGUAGACAUGUUGAUUUUAAGAAUUCUAUAAUUGUGAUGACUUCAAAUAUCGGUCAGGAGAUUUUGUUGGGUGAUACUCAAACUUAUGAAGAUGGACAUAUUAACCCGGAGGUGAAACAGAAUGUAUUGGAUCAAUUGAAACAUCAUUAUGCUCCUGAGUUUUUGAAUAGAUUGGAUGAUGUGUUGGUGUUUAAUAGGUUGUCGAGGCAGGCAUUGAAGGAUAUUUUGGAGAUUAGAUUACGUGAAGUUGCUGAUCGGUUGUUUGAUAAACGAAUCACCCUUGAGUUGACCCCAGAGGCAAAGGAUUUGAUUUGUGAAUUGGGUUAUGAUCCAACAUAUGGUGCAAGACCAUUGAAUAGGGUUUUACAGAAGAAAUUGUUGAAUCCUUUGGCUAUGCUUUUGAUUAAAGGACAAGUUAAAGAAACUGAAACGGUUCAUAUUGAAGUUAAAGAUGGUGAAAUUUUUGUUGUGCCUAAUCAUUCUGAAACUGAGGCUCUUAAAGAAGAACAAGAACAUUUUAAAAGAGAGUAG